CAGCCUGGGCGACAGAGCAAGACUCCGUCUCAAAAAAAGAAAAAAAAAAAAAAAAGCCGCUCUUGAUAGGAACUGUUUCUAGAAUCAAAUAAACGGGUCUGGAAUGAACUCAGAGCUCACACUAGUAUCUUCAGGUAGAAGAUUUGGGGCAGAUACAGUAGCCUGUGGUAACCCCCUGCCCUCCUCCCCGACAUUUUCCCAUAAACCCUGCCCCCAAGAUGUGCCCGAGGAGGAGCUGGUGGGGAGGGAGCCCUACCCAUUCCAGGAACUGCGGGAGUUGGCGGGUGGCCCACCCAGCAACUGGGAAGAGUUAAAGCCGGCCAGGCCCUCCUUAGGUUUGAGUGUGGAUUUUGUCCCCAGGGAUAGGAGACCACUGAAGGGUCACAGCAGGGGAUGGGAGGGUCUGCUCCUCCCCUGUGUGCCUCACUGAUGCUGCCGGCUCUGCCUUCCCCUGGCUCACUCAUCUCCCGCAACAAGGCUCCCAACCUGUCCCUCACCACCUCCCGAGCACCUCUACUGUCUCAAGGACCUGCUCUUGUUUCAACCCAGCCCUCCUCUCACUGGGCCUGUCUUCUCUGCACCAAGUAGGUCCUCGUCCUUGUCACAUAAACAAAUGAGCAAAUGGACGGCCCAACAGCCGACAGGAGAGCUCAUGAGCCCCACAGGCCGCCUCUGGGCCGCUGAAGGUGAUGUGUACCAACCCCUUGAAGUCCUCGAGGGAGCUGGACUCCCUCCUUCAACACUGGAGACCAUCCCUCAUCUCAGUGUCUGUGCUCACCUGUGUGUGUCUUCUCAAUAUUCAGGUUAUGGUGUCUACGUAUACCCAAAUUCUUUCUUUCGAUAUGAAGGAGAAUGGAAAGGAGGGAGGAAGCACGGUCACGGGAAGUUGUUAUUUAAAGAUGGCAGUUAUUACGAGGGGGCGUUUGUGGAUGGAGAGAUCACGGGAGAAGGCCGCCGGCACUGGGCCUGGUCAGGGGACACCUUCUCUGGACAGUUUGUUCUGGGAGAGCCUCAAGGACACGGCGUCAUGGAGUACAAAGCCGGCGGAUGCUAUGAAGGGGAGGUCUCCCAUGGCAUGCGGGAAGGACGCGGGUUUCUGGUGGACCGGGACGGACAAGUGUACCAGGGCUCCUUCCAUGACAACAAGAGGCACGGCCCUGGGCAGAUGCUCUUUAAGAACGGUGACAAGUACGAUGGCGACUGGGUCCGGGACCAGCGUCAGGGACACGGGGUGCUGCGCCGCACCGAUGGCUCCACCUACGAGGGACAGUGGCACAGCGACGUCUUCAGUGGACUGGGCAGCAUGGCCCACUGCUCAGGGGUCACCUAUUAUGGGUUGUGGAUCAACGGCCACCCAGCAGAACAAGCCACAAGGAUCGCGAUCUUGGGUCCGGAGGUGAUGGAAGUGGCCCAAGGGUCUCCCUUCUCGGUGAACGUUCAGCUGCUGCAGGACCACGGGGAAAUUGCCAAGAGCGAGAGUGGCCGGGUCCUGCAGAUCUCAGCGGGCGUCAGAUACGUGCAGCUGUCGGCCUAUUCUGAGGUCAGCUUUUUCAAAGUGGACGGAGACAACCAAGAGACACUCAUCCAGACCCCAUUUGGGUUCGAAUGCAUCCCUUAUCCUGUGUCCAGCCCCGCAGCUGGGGCGCCGGGGCCCAGAGCUGCCAAGACAGGUGCAGAAGCCGACGUACCCCUGCCCAGGAGAGACCUGGAGCUGGAUUUGGGUGCCCUCUGUGGCCAGGAGGGCACCCCCGGUGGCCUGCUUGAGAUGGCACCUGUGGAAACGUGCCCACCCCACACCAACCAUGGCACGCCUUCCAGCCACCAAGCAGGAUCUCCCACGCGGACGGCCACUCAUGUGCAGGGUAGAAACGUCAGGCCAGAGAGCUUCAGGCCAGAAGAUAAUCCAACAUGAGGCCUGAAGGAAACUCGGGCCAGAAAAUCUCCAGGGUACCUGCCUGCCAAAGUCCCUUCCGAGGACUCUCCUGAGCCAGUGGCUGAGACACGUGCAUCCGUGGCGGAAGCUCCAGGUCUGGGCAGCCCUCUCCCCGCAGUCACAGACUACGCACACUGGGAACACCUACCUGCAACAAAGCCCGGCCACAGCCAGAGAGCAGGAUGGCUCUCGCCAGGCCCCUUGGGUUGCUCCCCGCCGCUGACCCCCUGCUGCGUGGCACAGGCUUCCCCAUGGCCCCGCCACUUUGGCUUCCUCCCGGCAGGCCAUGUGCUUAGGAUGAGACAUGGCUGCUUUUAGCAAACAACACUAGGGUGACUUCAGUCCAGCCAAGAUGACUUCUCACUCACAUCAGAGCUCAAGAGGGAGAGGUGACCUCCCUCCCCAGCCACUGGGGACCCCAGUUCCUGUUACCUGUUCUGCCACUGUCAUCUUUCUGCACCACCUCAUGGUCCUGGAUGGCUGCACAGGCUCUAGCCAUUAUGCCCCUAUUCCAGCUAGCAGAAAGGGGGAAGCAUAAGUGGCAAGGAGAAGGGCCCUCCCCUUCUUUUUUUUUUAAUUGCUCUAUGCAUUUAUUAUUAGCUAUUAUUAUUGCAGAACGAGGGGACAAAAAGCUCACAAACACUCUACACAAUUUCAUAAGACACAUUGCAGGGGAAAAAGUGACUGAGAUGGAUCAACAGUAUGCUAGGGUGUUGAUGGACGCAUUCAUCGGGGAGGUGGACCUCUAAUUCCUGGUGGAGGGGGCCUCAUUCCUGGAGGGGGGCAUGCCUUCCGGCGUCCCUCAAGCAGGGGGAAGCCCAAUUGGUAGGCCUGUGGGUGGCCUCAUACCAGGUUCAGAAGCACCACGUUUUAACUGUGGACAUCAGAUGUGGUGGAACGGCAAUCAUGACCGUGGGCCAGAGGAGCAAGAUGCUGCUGCACGUGGACCGCGGAAUGAGACGUAUCCUACAAGACGGCGGAGUCUUCACUGGCACCUUUAAGGCUUUUGAUAAGCGUGUGAAUUUGACCCCUGUGAUUGUGAGAGUUCAGAAAGAUGAAACCAACGAAUGCGAAGCGACCAGAACGUGAAGAAAAGCGGGGUUAGGGCCCUCCCCUUCUAAAGAAGCUUCCUGGAGGCGCCACCCUCACUGCCAUUGCUCAGAACUUGGUUACACGGCCCGGCCACACCAGGCCACACAGCCAGACGAGGCCACACAGAGACAAGCAGCGCGGCAAAGACUCUGUUACCAGAGGAGGAGGGGAGAAUGGCUCUUUGCCAAAUGGCUCGUCACGAACGACCCCUGCUGGGUCCCCACAGGUGCACCAACCGACUUGAAAGUCCUGGAGAGGGCUGGCAGGCAAGGACCUGAGUCUCCAGUCACCCCUGCAGGAGGAGCCCAGGGACCCUCACUCGCUUCUCUGGUAAGGAAUUGGGUGGGGUGCCCUGCCAUGACCCUGAAACAGCCUUUAGUCUCACCCUCCAUCUCCACAGACUCUACGCCUGCCGCUUUUGCAGUGAAAGCCCAGUGCUAGGGGUGAGUGUGUGGGGAGCGUGGGAGACGGGCGCUGACCCGGCCAUCCUGGGCAGCUGUGCUCAAGCAGCACCCCCGCCAGUCCCAGCUGGACUUUGCCUGGCAGGACACCCGACAGGCCUCACUGUGGCCUCUGCCCCGGGGGGUCGUGCGUGGGGAGCUGGGCCGGCCCGAACAGUGGGAUGUGCUGCCUCCCCGCGCUGGUCCACCUGCCACAAACACAAACUGGAAUGUUCUCAGCCACCUCCAGACUUCACAGCCUCUGGGCUUUGGGGCACAGAGGUCGGGCUGCCCUGGGGAAAGGAGGGAGAGAAGGAGGGCUUUGAGAGAGCACGGACAUGAGUCAGACCUGAAAUCAAGCCAAGCCAAGCCGCCUCACGUUUUAAAGCAAUUGCCAGUGUCUCAGCAUGUUCUGAAGCUCAGGGCGACAGCCAGGGGCCGAUAAACACCUGCCACAGAUGCCCAGCACACCUGUGUCACCCCCGUGCCACCCCUGAGGUCUCUGGACUGAAGGAAACAGAAGGCCCUGGAAGGCACCUCCUGCUGGGUCAAGGCCACUGGGGUCUCCCAGGAGCACCUCCAGCCCCGCCCCUCAUGCCCAUGUUGUGGGGAGCACAGGCCUUGCUCCACUGUCUGUGGAGGAGGCUGGAAAUUCAGCCCAGCUGUGCCCACCCCAGGGACAGGCUUCCCGGGAGCUCACACUCGCCCCCAACAAACUGACGUGGACUCGGGGUCCCAGGCAUCUUUCCUCGAAGACCCGACAGCAGCCGGGAACAAACCCUCCAGAAACCUGCCUUUCACUCAUAGAAAUAAGUUGACAAAGAGGGCAAAUCCUUUCUCUUUCUGGAGGCCUAAUGUCAGUGAUACAUAAUUGCACAUCACAGUAUUUUAUUAUUUUGUUGAUAUGAAAUGUUUCAGUUGUUUAGUUGUUUUUAACUUUCAAAUAAGGAUUUGCAUUUCGUUGAGAAGAAAAGAUGAUUUCCAAGGCGUGGACUAUUGCCAGAUACUCUAAACCCUAUUUUGGUUAAAUUACAGCACCCAGAUUUUAGUAACAAAGCACAUUGAUUUUAUAUUCAAAGGAUUUUUAUAUUUAGUCUCUUAACCUUUUGUAAUUCCCACCCACAGCUUGCAGCGCAGAACCCUUUUGUGUCCCUUGUUGUCAGUGGGGUGUCUGCCUGGGCCCCAUAAUUUAGGCCAUUGAGUUGGAGUGCAGGUGCUGCCCAUGGCGGGUGGACACGGUCAGGCCGGCUGGGCCCCAGUGCCUCAAACGAUCCCCUGGGAAUUGGAUUUGGGAACGUAGAGAGGCUGCAGGCGUGAGAGGACGUCAGGUUGCUUUUCUUUUCUUCUUCUUCUUUUUUUUUUUUUUGGUUUAAUGCACAAAACCCUCCCAGUGAAUAUUUUCAACAGAUCUGAGUGGUUUCUCUUUUUCAUGUGUUGGACAAAUGGUUUUGAGUAUUCAUCAGAUGGGAUCUAUGAAGAAUCAAUCAUUAUUGUAAGAUGAUUUUAAAAAUCAAGGUGCCCUCUGCCACUAAUUCAAUCUUGCCAGUAAAAGUGUCUGAAUGUGCAGCAGAGAAUUUCAGGAAAUUUCAUUGCCUCGUGGGGUGAUAACAGCUUUAAAUAUUAAUUGUCUAUGGUUAAUUAUGGCAGAGUAGCAUGAAAGAGCCAUAUUUUUAAAGGAAUGUUUGUGCUAUAAAUUCUUUUUCUAGGAAUCACAUCAUAUAGAGGGACUGUCCCAGAAAAAUACAGUA